CGUAGCAGUCAUCCUUUUUAGGAAAAGAGGGAAAAAAUAAAACCCUCCCCCACCACGUCCUUCUCCCCAGCCCUCGCCGCACCACACACAGCGCGGGCUUCUCGCGCUCGGCACCGGCGGGCCGGGCGCGUCCAGCCUUCAUUUAUCAAGCAGCUUUUCGGAAAAUGCAUUCGCUGUUCGGAGUUUAAUCAGAAGAGGAUUCCUGCCCCCGUCCCCGGCUCGUCCACCGGCCCCCGGUCCCUGUCUCUCUCCCGUGGAGGCGUGAAGCGGUCCCGCGGACAGAGAUCCAUGUCUGUGCCCGCGCGUGUGUGUGCGCGUGUAAAUUGCCGAGAGGGGGAAAAUCACAGGACUUCUGCAAAUACUGGACUGAAAACUGUAAUUCAUCUGCCGCCGCCGCUGCCUUUCUUUGCUCGUGCUCUUGAGAUCUCCGGUUGGGAUUCCUACGGAUUGACAUUUCUGUGAGGAGAAGUCUGGGAAUCAAACUGGAAAUUCUCCUAAUUUUUACACCCUCCGCCCCCAACUCCUGAUUCAUUUGCAAGUUUCACAGCAGCUAUAACUGGAGAGUUCUGAAGAUUGAUGGAAUCUUUGCCUUAUGCAUUUGUUUCCACAGAAAAGGAAACUUGACAGAGGAUCAUGCUGUCCUGAAAAAAUACAACAUCACGGAGGAAGUAGACUGAUAUUAACAAUAACUAAUAAUGUGCCUCAUGAAAUAAAGAUCCGAAAGGAAUUUAAAUAAAAAUUUCCUGCAUCUCAUGCCAAGAGGGAAACACCAGAAUCAAGUGUUCCGCGUGACUGAAGACACCCCCUCAUCCAAGAAUGCAAAGCACAUCCAAUAAAAUAGCUGGAUUAUAACUAUUCUUCUCCCGUGCGGGGCCGUGGGGCGGGAAGCGGGGGCGAGAGGUGCUGUUGGUACCCGGCUGCUUUUCCGUGGGGGAAGGAUGGCGCACCCUGGGAGAACAGGGUAUGAUAACCGGGAGAUAGUGAUGAAGUACAUCCACUAUAAGCUGUCGCAGAGGGGCUACGAGUGGGAUGCCGGAGACGCGGGCGCGGCGUCCCCGGGGGCCGCCCCCGCGCCGGGCAUCUUCUCCUCCCAGCCUGGGCGCACCCCAGCGCCAUCCAGGACCUCCCCGCCGCCGCCCCAGACCGCCCCCGCCGCCCCCGCCGGGGGGCCUGCGCUCAGCCCCGUGCCACCUGUGGUCCACCUGACCCUGCGCCAGGCCGGUGAUGAUUUCUCUCGUCGCUACCGCCGCGACUUCGCCGAGAUGUCCAGCCAGCUGCACCUGACGCCCUUCACCGCGAGGGGACGCUUUGCCACGGUGGUGGAGGAGCUCUUCAGGGAUGGGGUGAACUGGGGGAGGAUUGUGGCCUUCUUUGAGUUCGGUGGGGUCAUGUGUGUGGAGAGCGUCAACCGGGAGAUGUCCCCCCUGGUGGACAACAUCGCCCUGUGGAUGACUGAGUACCUGAACCGACACCUGCACACCUGGAUCCAGGAUAACGGAGGCUGGGAUGCCUUUGUGGAGCUGUAUGGUCCCAGCAUGCGGCCUUUGUUUGAUUUCUCCUGGCUGUCUCUGAAGGCACUGCUCAGUCUGGCCCUGGUGGGAGCUUGCGUCACCCUGGGUGCCUAUCUGGGCCAUAAGUGAAGUCCACAGGCCUGCCACAAACACAUAUGCAAAAGGUUCACUAAAGCAGUAGAAAUAAUAUGCAUUGUCACUGAUGUACCAUGAAGCGAAGCUGUGGUCUCUUAAAAACAAAAACAAACCACCACCAACAACGAAAAAACAGCUUUCAGGCUCAACGUCGAAUCAGCUACUUACUGCCAAAGGGAAAUACAAUUUAUUUUUUACAUUAUUAAGAAAAAUAAGAUUUAUUUAUUUAAGACAGUCCCAUUGAACCUCCUGUCUUUGGAAACCCUACCACUAAUUACUAAGCCCCACCUGGAUGGCUCCACCUGGUCUCCUGUGCCUAUAAACACGGAUUUCUGUUCCAUGUUGUUGGCCCAACUGACUCACCAUCUGAAAAGCAAACAAAUUGACAAAGGACUUGACUGUUCCAGAAGCUGGGUUUCUGGCUGCUGGAGGUUAGGAAGAAGGUAUUCGCUUUCUUUGCCUUUUUUUUUUUUUUUUUUUUUUUUUUUGCCCUGGAGGCUGUGUUCUUAAUAGAGGGAAGGUCCUUGGAGGGGAGACCAUUCUUCCCUGGCCUGCAGAACAGGCACUUUGCAUAUGGUACACACCCGGUUGGAAGAAAACCAUCGGGAACUUCAGAUGGACUUGGUAUUUGCCAAGAUCUCCACCCCGAAGGACAGUGUUGGGAAAAAUGCCCUUAAACCAGGAAAGUAUUUUUUUAAGCUACCAAUUGUGCCGAGAAGCAUUUUAGCAAUUUAUACAAUAUCAUCCAGUACCUUAAGCCCUGACGUGUAUAUUCAUAUAUUUUGGAUACGCUCCCCCUCCAAAUACUGGCUCUGUCUGUGUAUGAAACAGAAUCCUCUGGAAUGCGAGGAAGUGAACGUUUCGGUGACUUCGGCAUCAGGAAGCAUCAGGCCGCCACAAGUGCCUGCUUUUCCGCAAGAGGCCGCGGUCUGCUCUGCCUUGCCCCAGCUCGGAGACCUCGUCCUGGAACCCAGCCUGGGCACUCGCUGGCCUGCUCGAGGGGUUUUAAACAGAGCGGUGUGGUCUGCGAAUGUCUGGAAGGUGACGGAGCUCAGAAUCGCGCGGGCAAGGAAAGAAGGCAGGAGGCCUGGGCCUGCUACCCUGGGGCCCCCGCUCCACGUGGAGCGUGGAACCUGGGAGCCAAGGCUCCUCGGGCGUUCAUCACUGUGGAGGGAAGGAAACAGGCACUGCGCCUUUGCUCGCGGAGGGAGGUGGUGAUGGCUGGGGAUCCCGCCCCCCAAGGGAAACGCUUGCGUGCGCCUCGGCCACGCGGCUGCCAGCCUGCCCGUGCAGCUUAAAGCAAGAUUUUAAAGACUUUGGGGAGGGUCAUAAAUCCUAAAGGAAGCGUUAAAAUGGAUUAACUGACCUAUGUCUGUGGAAUUACGAUGUAAAACAUUA